CCUGACACGUGACAAGAUGAAAAGACUUGCAGUAGGGCCUCUAUCAGGGCGGCAGUCACACUCCGGCACAGCAACACACUUCAUUGGCCGGCCAGAACACUUAAGAAUUGUGCAGAGGCCUAAAUCCAACAUGCCGCCGGAAGCAGAAACCAGUCUGGGCUACAUUCCUCCUGACGGAGGCUGGGGCUGGGCCGUCGUCUUCGCGGCCUUUAUCUCCAUUGGAUUUGCUUACGCCUUUCCCAAGUCGCUCACCAUCUACUACAAGGAGAUUCAAGAAUAUUUUUCUGUUUCCUACAGCCAGAUUGCUUGGGUGUCCUCGGUCAUGCUUGCAUCAAUGUAUGCUGGAGGGCCCGUGAGCAGCAUUCUUGUGAAUCGCUAUGGCAGCAGACCCGUGGUCAUGGUUGGUGGGGUAAUGGUUGGCUGUGCUAUGGUGCUCGCCUCUUUUGGAACAACUAUCUUCCAUCUGUACCUCUGCGUUGGAGUAAUUGGAGGUUUUGGCCUUGCCUUCAACCUGCAGCCAGCUCUGACCAUCAUUGGAACAUACUUCCACAUGAAAAGGCCAAUGGCGAACGGGCUGGCGAUGACGGGAAGUCCAGUGUUUCUGUUCGCUCUGGCUCCUCUGAACCAGUAUCUCUUUGAUUCCUUUGGCUGGAGAGGAAGCUUUCUAAUCUUGGGAGCCAUUGUUUCGAACUGUUGCGUUGCUGGUUCUCUGAUGAGACCCGUCAACAAAAAAGUGCAACCGCAACUAAAAACUGAGCCGGAUGAGAGCAAUGAUGCAGAAAAAAUGCCUAUAGACAACCAAGCUGCAGAAAGCCUCGACGAGGGCAAGAAGAAGGGGUGUGUGCAGAAGUUCAUAGACGUCUCGCUCUUCAAACACAGGGGAUUCCUCAUUUAUAUCAUCGGUAAUGUGGUCAUGACCCUUGGCCUUUUUGCGCCUGUGGUCUUCUUAGCCCCGUAUGCCAAAAAUGAAGGCAUUGAUGAAUAUUCAGCAGCAUUCUUGCUCUCCAUUUUUGCCCUAGUAGACAUGUUUGCUCGACCAGCAACCGGCUUCAUCGGCAAUAUGAAGUGGAUACGACCAAGAAUCCAAUAUUUAUUCAGCUUUGCUGUAUCCUACAAUGGAGUAUGUCACCUUCUGUGCCCACUGGCGUCUGGAUAUGUGGGCCUUGUUAUCUAUGCCGUCUUUUUUGGGAUGGCAUUCGGGAUGGUGUGUUCUCUGCUCUUUGAGGCGUUGAUGGACCUAGUGGGUGCUCAUCGUUUCUCCAGUGCAGUUGGACUUGUCACCAUUAUCCAGUGCGGCCCGGUGCUUCUCGGCCCUCCACUUUCAGGAGCUCUAGUUGAUAUUUUUGGGGACUACAAGUACAUGUACUACAUGUGUGGUGUGUUUAUGCUGGCGCCAGGCAUGUUUUUCUUCAUAAUGCACUACUACAACUACAAGAAGCUGGACGAUGAGCAGCGGCAGCGGUUGGCUGCGGAAAAGAGGAAUUGCAAAGAGGCUGGCUAGUUUAAAAUGAAGCAGGAUGAAACACAUGGAUGACUUUUAUUUGUAGGAUUUCAUGUGAGUGAUAUUAGAAUGUAGUGAGGUGAUGCUUAUAGGUUUUCUUAUAGAACAUACCGUUAAGAGUUUUUUAAAAUUAAUAUUUUUUCCUACCUCAGAUUCGAAACUGCGGACUUUUUUAAAUUUCGACACAUAUCUGCAGAUGAACAUUUGUUGUCUCAGUAUUUGUGUGCAGUUUACUUUAAGCUCCAGUGACAAAACAUAUAAAUAAUACAAAGCCAUUGUGCCUGCAGCACUAAAAUUUGAAAUAUGUAUUGUAUUUAUUUUCUGACAAUUUUAACACUUUAAAUGCACAUGACUAAAUGACUGCACCAGUAUUAUACAAAGAGAAGUAUGCAUUUAGUAAACCAAAACAAACUAAAAGAAUCCAAUAAAAAGACCUUAAAAUAGG